AUGUCUCGGAACUCGUGGAAGGAUUAUUCCAAGAAGGGACUCGGCUUUGGCAAGAAAGGCUUCGACAAAGCAUGGCAGGCUCUGGACAAACUCGGCGCUCCGGUUAAUCGCUUAUCAAACCGAGUAGGCGCAGAGGCGUUUUGGCCUACGACUCUCGACAAGGAAAGCGAAAAGGCAGCUCGGAUUCUGCGCAGUUUCUGUAAAGAUGGAUUCUACGAAAAAAUCGACGACGAGUCUACCGCCGCCGCGGAAGAGAAGGCGAGAGAGGAAGCGCAGAACCCAGAUGCAAAGCACAAGAUCGACCGUCCUGCAGGCAAACAGCGCGUCCUGGUGAAAAUCCCCUCGGAGGUCAUCAAGCGCGCAAAGGGAAUUGCCAUUUUCACUACCAUGCGAACCGGCCUCUGGUUUAGUGGUGCUGGAGGUAGCGGGAUUUUAAUGGCUCGCGUACCGGAAACCGGGGAAUGGAGUCCGCCAUCUGGUAUUAUGCUACACACCGCGGCAUUGGGAUUCCUUGUUGGAGUCGACAUCUACGACUGCGUGGUUAUUAUCAACACGUACGAGGCUCUUGAGGGCUUCAAAAAACUUAGAGCCACUCUGGGCGGAGAACUCAGCGCAACGGCCGGACCGAUUGGAAUGGGAGGUGUGCUCGAAUCAGAGGUUCACAAGAGACAGGCUCCCAUCUGGACGUACAUGAAGAGUCGCGGAUUGUAUGCUGGUAUCCAAGUGGAUGGCACCAUCAUCGUUGAGCGUACCGACGAGAAUGCCCGGUUCUAUGGACGCAAAGUUUCUGCCCAGGAAAUCCUCGCAGGACAAGUGACAAACUCAUCAGACUCACUCCGAACUCUCUUCCAGACCGUCAGGGCUGCGCAGGGCGAUCGCGAUGUUGAUGAGAGCUAUUUACCGCCGCCGGGAGAAUCACCCAGCGAUGCGAUAAUUGUGAAUGAAGAGGACAAUGGGUUCGGAAUUCCAGCAUCAGAUGACCCAGACCCUUACGGUGUGCGGGCACUGGAGGAACAGGGCCUCUUCAUUCGCGAGGCAGGAACCCACGUCAGGCCAACUCAUGAGGUCUUUGAAUUCCGCCCUAGCCCUACAAGUCCAAUUUAUAACUCUUUUGUUAGACAAAGCAUUGAUUCGUCGCCGCGGCAGAGCUGGCGAGCCAGUGUGCAGAGCACGAAAAGCUAUACUAGCACUAACAGGGGGACCCAAACUACUGUUGGCACCCAGACUGAUGAUUUGCCGCCUCGACCGCCGCCUUCAGACAGCGGGACUUCUUCACGCAGCUUUCAAGAAAUACCGGGUUCGCCUGUGCCGCAUGUAUGCGAUACACCGGAUACAUCGGAUAGCCACGAGGUCCACGAAAAAGCUGAAGAACCUGAACAUGAACAACCCGAAACCGAAGAACCUGAAGAAUUUGAAAUUCAUGAAGCCAGCAACACCACCCUCACCAAGCGUGCUGAACUUGUUCGCACACGGCCGACCACGCCGAUGGAAGAGAACAAUACCUCUCCGGCUGCCAACUUCUCACGCCCGCGACUCGUAACAAUUCCAAAGCGGAUCCCGCCUGCGCUUCCUCCUCGCAAUCCUGAGCGAAAGCACGAUUCUGUCUCUACUCAGGAAUCGUUUUUUGCGACGUCGCCAUCGCCGACACAAUCCGUGCACCCGGAUAUCCGGGACUCUCGUCAUGAUCUGUCGACUGAGGAUCUGAGUUAUGAAACUCCUGAAAUCACGACGCCGGGAGCUCUUGACUUGGCAGAGAAGACUUCUCAAUUAGAAGUACAACCACAUGUACAUCCAGAAGUACAGCCGGAACUACAGCCGGAAGCACAAUCAUCAGACGUACAAAAAGAAGCAGAGUCGGAGACAGCUAUCCCAGAAAAAGAAGAGUUCCAUUCAUCGCCGUCUUCGCCCACGCAAGAGAAUCCGCCGGCAGUGCCCGAGCGUGAAACCCUGACCUCCGGGGUGUAG